AUGCAGCUCGCCAUGAUGGUUGUUCCUAUCUCAGCCGACGUCCAGAUCAACAGGAGGCAGCCCUCGUCUAUCGUAAAGUUCUUCGACCCCAACAACACCAACUUGGACGACUUGAUAAAAGCCCAGACUCCAGCCCUGUUCAACACAUGGUCAGACAAAUCUUCAUAG